GUGAUGAGGGGAACAGCAAGCAGGGAGGAUGGCAGCCCAGACGGCAGUAUGUGUGAUCCAGAGGAAAUGCCUCCCAGGGCCCAGCUUUGCUAUUUAGCCUGUCCUAAUGACUGCGUUGUGUCAGCCUGGGGGGCAUGGAGCAACUGCCCUCCGCAGUGCGACGCUGGCAGCGCGAGGAACAGAAGCAGACAGAUCCUCCGCCUCCCCGCCAUGGAGAACGCGGCCUGUCCCGACCUGCUCCAAUCAGAACCUUGUCUUCUCAACAGUACCUGUUUCACAUACCAGUACAGAGUCUCAGACUGGAGUACCUGCCAGCUGAGUGAAAACGCCAUCUGUGGUCAGGGGUCGCGGUCACGUCUCCUGGACUGUGUGCAGAGUGAUGGGAAAAUGGUGGAGUUGCAGAAGUGCCAACAGUUUGGUCUGAUCAACAAGUUGCAGCUGUUGGAGAGCUGCGUUGUUGACUGUCCUGUCAGCUGCAUCCUCUCUGACUGGUCGCCGUGGGCGGAUUGCUCGCACACCUGUGGUACCCAAGGUCACUCUGUCCGCACACGGAGGAUCCUUCAGGAGGCUCACGAGGAGGGUCGUCCCUGCCCCAGCCAGCUCUCCCAAACUAAGCCGUGCUCCAUAAGGCCGUGCUAUAUGUGGCUGCUGAAUGACUGGUCUCCGUGCGCUGUGGAGGGUGCAAAAUGCGGAGAGGGGGUCCGGAGAAGAAACCUGUCGUGUGUCGUCCACUGGGGGAACUGGCACGAGUCUCCUCCCCCUCAGCCUGUAGACAGAGAGCUGUGUGGAGAUGUGCUGAGGCAGCAACUCCAGCAGGAAAUGGAGCAGCCGUGCUUCGUCCCCUGCCCAGGUGAUUGCCAUUUGACACAGUGGUCCACCUGGAGCUCCUGCCAGCUGACCUGCCUGGAGGGCCGCAGCUUUGAGUCCACCGGUCGCCAGGCGCGAUCCAGAGCUGUGAUCAUUCAAGCCAUGGAGAACCAAGGCAGCUGCCCCCAUCAGGUCUUUGAGACCCAGCCUUGUAAAGGAGGAAAGUGCCACAGCUACCAGUGGAAAACAGGGGGAUGGACAAACAACGAGAGGCCAGUGUGGUGUCAACGCUCAGAUGGUGUGAAUGUCACAGGGGGCUGUUUCCCACAGAAAAGGCCCACUACCCUUCGACACUGCCACCCUGCGUGCACGAAACCCUUCUCGCAUUGCACGCCGAGUGGAGUGUGUGGCUGUGAGAAGGGCUACACCGAAGUGAUGACCUCGCAUGGCUUCUUGGACUACUGCACCAGAACCCCUGGAGUGGACAACAGCAAGAAAGCCGAUGUGAAAACUAACUCUGGAAGAAUAAAACCCCGGCCGUCUCAGUCCAACGACCUCUUCAGCGAGUGGACCUUAAGGCCCGUUGGCCCAGAUGGAAGAGUAAAGCUGUGGGUUUAUGCCGUAGCCAUCGUUGGAUUCAUUGUCGUACUUUUCAUCGUCAUGCUGUCAUUCCUGAUCUGCAAGCCAUCCAAAACCUCCAAGGCGUCUCCUCCACCGCAGAAGCCCUUGACUCUUGCCUAUGACGGCGAUGUGGAUAUGUGACCUGGCUGCUAUACCAGCAAGGUCACAUGACUGGCCUUGGGCAGGAUUCUGGCCUGGUUUGCAUUGUUGCCAAGCACAUACCCCGACCUGCUUGAGCCGGUGUUAUGUUUGCGAUAGUAAAGCGAUUUGGUCUGCCGCUGACGGCGCCGAGUAUUGGCCGGAUCAAACAAGCGGAGCCAAAGCCAGUUGAGCCGAGACUGAGACAUGGACCUCUAGAUCCUUUUUUUCUAUAACUGCCUGCAACAUGAACACGCGGUCCAAGCACCAUUUGCAAAUGAUGAAGCAAGAAGACUUUCAGGCACUAGAGACAAAAUGAAUCCACAAGUGAAUCCACUGUGGAGGUUUUUGAAGUGUCAACAAUCAGAGGGACCACAUUUCUUUGUUUUAUUUUUUUUUUAAUUUGUUUUGGAGAUGCUCCAGUCUGUAGUUACACAUUCUACUGAAAGGUAUUUUAAUUUUCCUCAAUAGUUUCUGAACUUUGUGAAAGGUAAAGCUCUUUGGAUAAACUCUUUUAUUCCUUAUUUUCAAACAAAUAAGACGGUGUAUGCACUUCGUUAGGUCUGAUUUUUUUUUUUUGGAUGACUUUUCUAGUGUUUUAUCCGUAAUGCAAGUUUUAAUUUAUUUAUUUUUGCUGUCUGAUUGUGUAUUGUUGAUGAUGCAAUAUGUUGUGUAUAUGUGGAAACCAAAAUCAAAGCCUGCCUCGAGUUUAAGGGCAAAUGUAAUUUGGCUAUUUCUCCGUUCUCACGUGACUCCCAGCCAUAGAAAAUAAAAUUCAGCAACAAGUUCAUGUCAUUUUUACUCGAUAGGAUACCAUUUUGAUGCAUUUUAGAACAAAAAUAAUAA